AUGUCUGAUUCCAAGCAUCUAGACAUCCCAGCUGUGAUCUUUGACAAUGGGUCUGGAUUGUGCAAGGCCGGUAUUGCUGGAGAUAGUGCCCCGAGGUCGGUUAUCACAGCAAUAGUUGGUCGCUCAAAAGCCAAAGCCACAAUGCUGGGAGCUGGUCAGAAGGAAUAUUACAUUGGAGAAGAAGCUCAGUCCAAACGGGGCGUCUUGUCGUUGAAUUAUCCCAUUGACCAUGGCAUAGUGACAUCCUGGGAUGACAUGGAGAGGAUAUGGAGGCAUGUCUAUGAGUGUGAACUGAGAAUCAAAGCCAGCGAUCGGCCAGUGUUGCUGACAGAAGCCCCACUGAAUCCUCUCCAAAAUCGGGAGAGAAUGACAGAGAUCAUGUUUGAAAAUUUUAAGGUUCCAGCUAUGUAUGUUGCUGUCCAAGCUACGCUGGCACUGUACGCAUCAGCACGUACCACUGGCAUAGUCAUGGAUAGUGGGGAUGGCGUUACUCACACCGUCCCUAUCUAUGAAGGCUACUGUUUGCCACAUGCUGUCUCCAGGUUGGAUAUUGCUGGAAGGGAUAUCACUGAGUACUUCAUGAGGCUCCUUCUGGAGAGUGGGCAUUCCUUUGUCAGCACAGCCGAAAGAGAAAUUGUGAAAGACAUCAAGGAGAAGCUCUGCUAUGUGGCUUUAGAUCCCAUCCAAGAAAUGAAAGCCAAGCCGGAAUACCUUCUAAGGGAGUAUAAAUUGCCUGAUGGAAACAUCAUCCAGAUCGGCAGUCAGCUCUUUCGAGCCCCUGAGACUCUUUUUGCUCCCGCUAACAUUGGCAUCGACGCUCCUGGUGUUCACAGAAUGAUCUUCAACAGCAUUAUGAAGUGUGACAUUGAUGUCCGCAGAGAUCUUUAUGGAAAUAUUCUCCUUUCUGGUGGAUCUACUUUGUUUUGUGGGUUGGAUGAGCGCAUCUUGAAGGAAAUGCAGCUUCAAGUGCCAAUUGGAAUAUCGGUAAGAAUCAUUGCACCGCCAGAGAGAAAGUACUGUGUAUGGAUUGGGGCCUCUAUUCUGACUUGCUUGACAUCUUUCAGACAAAUGUGGGUCACUGUCAAUGAUUACAAAGAUUUUGGCCCAGGCGUAGUUCACCGGAAAUAUUUUAAGAUCCUCAGGAGUGACCCUUUGCUCUGUCCCACCAUCCACAGCGGCCCAUGGGAUGGAAACUUAGAUGGCCUCCUUGGUGGCUACUGCCAGGGAACUCCCUGCCAAGGGAAGCCAGCUGGCUCUAGCUCCACUUUUGCAAUGAUACACGAGGGAAGAGGAUUUAAGUCUAGAGUUCUCAGUACGCAAGCUGUGAUCAUCGACAAUGGAUCGGGAAUGUGCAAGGCUGGGAUCUCGGGAGAAGUUGGACCACGGAGUGUCAUUGCCUCAGUUCUCGGCUGCCCCAAAAGCAAAUUAUCGCUGUCCAAUGCCAAGCAGAAGGAAUGUUAUGUAGGAGAUGAAGCUCAGGAAAAGCGAGAAGCAUUGUCAUUGAGAUACCCCAUAGAAGGUGGCCUCAUCAGUUCAUGGGAUGAUAUGGAGAAGAUCUGGAAGCACAUCUAUGACAAAGGAUUGGGAAUAAAACCAUUUGAGAGACCUCUCUUAAUGACCGAAUGUCCUCUGAAUCCAAAAGAGGAUCGAGCCAAACUCACUCAACUGAUGUUUGAACGCUUUAAGGUCCCAGCCUUCUAUCUUUCCAUCCAAGCCAUACUGUCUCUCUAUGCUUCCGGACGCUACACUGGGAUAGUGAUGGACAGCGGCUUUGGAGUUAGCCAUGCGGUGCCGGUGUAUGAGGGGUAUUGCUUGCCCCAUGCUGUCACCAGGCUGGAUAUUGGUGGCAGAGACGUCACUGAGUUCCUGAGAGAACUUCUACUGGAAAACAGACAAUUCUUCAGGAACUUUCCAGAAGGGAACAACAUUGUGGAAGACAUCAAAGUCAAGCUGUGCUUUGUGGCGGCGGACGCCCAGCAUGAACAGAAUAAGAGAUCAGAGGAGUUGCCCAAAGAGUAUCAACUUCCCGAUGGAAACAGGAUCAAAAUUGGUGAUCCUCUCUUCUUAGCGCCAGAGAUCCUUUUUACUCCGAACAACAUUAGCAAAAAUGGGCAAGGCCUUCACAAAAUGAUCGCCAAGAGCAUUAAAAAAUGUGAGCCGAGCAUCCGUAACGUGCUUUACAGCAACGUGUUGCUUUCCGGAGGCUCCUCCCUCUUUCCAGGACUAGAUGAGAGGGUUUUUAAGGGGCUAGAAACUCAAGUCCCCCAAGGGGUUCCCAUAAAGGUGAUAGCGCCCCCAGAUCGGUGGUUCUCGACAUGGAUCGGGGCCUCCGUUAUUACAUCCCUGAGCACCUUCAAGCAAAUGUGGGUUACUGCGGCUGACUACAGAGAAUUUGGGCCAAAUGUUGUACAGAGGCGGUGCUUUUAA